AUGGCGGGGUGGAUUACUUGGGUGUUCACCUUCAUCUUCCAGGUGAUUCCACGUGGAUUAUACUGGAUCAUUGCCUUCACCACCAUCACACUGCCUACAUGGCUCUUUACGCUCUUUUCCAUGAGCUUGACGUUCACCAUGAACUUCACUACCCUCAUGUUGAUCAUCCUUGCCCUCGUCUCGACAGUCAGCUGGUUCAUCCGGUACCGGUUCUUGAACAUGUAUAGCCGUCUACCCCCAGAGCCCCAACGCAAAGAAGCGCAAAUCGACCUGUUCCCCGAUAUCCAAGAAGGUGACUCGAAACCAGGGCUGGCCAAUUACCUCGACGAGUUCCUCAGCGCGAUCAAGGUCUUUGGAUAUCUGGAACGACCGGUCUUCCACGAAUUGACGCGGACCAUGCAGACAAGGAAGCUGAUUGCGGGAGAGACCCUCAUGCUCGAGGAAGAGAAGGGCUUCUGUUUAGUGGUUGAUGGGCUGGUUCAGAUCUUCGUCAAGUCUACCCGCCAGGGCAACAAGAUGGGUUCCUCGGAGGAGAACCUACAUCUGGAUGAUGAUGAUGAUGAUGAUGAUGCUACGUCGGAGGAAGAGGACAACCAUGUGCAUGGUCGACAGGGAUACCAGUUGCUCACCGAGGUGAAGAAUGGCGCUUCAAUGUCGUCUCUCUUCUCCAUCUUGUCUCUCUUUACGGAAGACAUUCAGCUUCGCAACUCGCGAAGCUCUAGCUCGAGUACUUCUGGCGCGGGACCCGACCCGACCCAUUUCCGUGCUGAAUCCGUUCCUGUCAGCCCUAGCGUCGGGGUGAUUGGGAGCCCUCUGCCCAUGGUUAAGGAUUAUGGCGAGGUCUUUGCGACGAGUAAUGGCCGUACGGAUGGACUGCCGGCAGUGCCUCCCCUCCAUCUAGGAGAAAGUCACAGCGCCCCCAACAAUACGCCUCAGCCCGACCUCAACCGGCAGAACAAGAAGCGUCGCAAGUCUGUCCAUCCAGAUAUCGUCGCCCGAGCUACUGUAGAUACUACCAUUGCUAUCAUUCCCGCUAGCGCGUUCCGCCGGUUGACUCGGGUCUACCCCAGAGCUACUGCGCAUAUCGUUCAGGUCAUCCUGACGCGUCUCCAACGCGUGACAUUUGCGACUGCCCAUUCCUACCUCGGCUUGACAACGGAUGUGCUGGGAAUUGAACGACAAGUCUCGAAGUUUACUACUUGGGAUCUUCCAAAUGAUCUACGAGGCAGUGCACUGGAUCGUCUCAAGGACAAGUUCAUGCGUGAGAGGGAUCGAUUGGGACCAGAGGAGGUUUGCAAGGGGAUCGCUCUGCACAACCCCUCUGUUGGACGAAGACGGCGCUCUAGCAGCAUUCUUAGGAAGGAAGCUGUUCUGCAGGCCCGCGUGAUGGCUAAUGGCCGUCCCGUCCCGCUCACGCCGCACAGACAACCGGCUGCUUUCAUGGACCGGGAUCUGAUGGGACCUAGUCCUGGUGAUCUGCUCUCUACUAUCCAGCUUUCUCGAUUUGGCCCGCGCGGUGACCAUCUGAGCCCUCAGCUUCACAGUCCCCUGACCGAGAGGGAACGCCCUCUGUUCCAAGCUGCAGGCAAGGACCUGCGCCCGUCUCCGUUCCAGCGUAAAGAUUCACUCGACGAGGACAGUCUGUUCCGCGAGUCGAUCUUGGAUUGCAUGAUGAAAGCCAUUGGUCUGACUGAGGGUACCAGCGAUGCCUUGCGCAAGAGUAGCCACAACUCUGGCGACGCUUCACCCAGGUUGCUGUCUUAUGACUCUCGUCGACAGAAGGCAGUCUUUUCCAAUGCAUUCGGGUUUAUUGAUCCAUAUGAGGGAUCGGGGGAUGGCGAAACCGAGUCAAUGAUGUCCAUGUCCGUGACCAGCGCUGGGGGAACUUCACCGGUCGUCAACCUUCGCGAGGAUCUACGCCACGAUAUCGAAGUUGUCUACUUCCCCCAGGGCUCGGUUCUUGUGGAGCAGGGCGAGCGCCAUCCCGGUCUUUACUAUGUUAUUGACGGAUUUCUGGACGUUGGCAUCCCGGUCAACGAGCGAGGUGAUGAUCUGGUCGGCACCUCUCGUCCAUCUGAUGGACCGCUCUCGCAAGCCCAGGAAGAGCUGUUCCCAAACCUGACACGCACCUCCACGGACUCCUCUCGCGCGUCGGCUUCCAAUGGCCCCGGCGACUCACGGCGCAAGAAUCAGUCGCGCAAAUCGCUUUACCUGAUCAAGCCCGGGGGCAUCCAAGGCUACGUCGGUGCUCUCGCCUCCUACCGGUCUUACACUGAUGUGGUUGCCAAAACUGAUGUCUAUGUUGGAUUCCUUCCCCGGGCGUCUCUGGAGAGAAUCGCGGAUAGGUAUCCGAUUGCCUUGCUCACGUUGGCAAAGAGGUUGACUAGUCUUCUGCCGCGUCUGUUGCUACACAUUGACUUUGCCCUGGAAUGGGUACAGGUGAAUGCGGGCCAGGUGAUUUACCACCAAGGAGACGAAAGUGAUGCCAUCUAUCUCGUGUUGAAUGGCCGACUGCGGUCUGUCUUGGAAGGCUCCAAGGGUAAAAUGACAGUCAUCGGCGAGUACGGCCAGGGCGAGAGUGUUGGUGAACUUGAGGUCAUGACCGAGUCCACUCGCCCUGCUACUCUACAUGCCAUUCGAGACACCGAACUGGCCAAGUUCCCCCGCUCGCUGUUCAACAGCUUGGCGCAGGAGCAUCCUGGAAUUACGAUUCAGGUUUCCAAAUUGAUCGCUCAACGCAUGCGUGAUCUGGUCGAGCAUCCCCUUUCCGAGAAGGGUAUCGAACAGGGCCACGUUGGGGGUGUUCAGACUGCUACAUCAACUGUCAACCUUCGUACGGUGGCGAUUCUCCCGGUCACAGCGGGUGUCCCCGUGGUCGAAUUCGGACACCGUCUGCUCAAUGCGCUUCAUCAGAUUGGCGUGACCAGAGGAGUGACUUCGCUCAAUCAGGCUGCCAUCCUGAACCACCUGGGACGACACGCGUUCAGCAAAAUGGGGAAGCUGAAGCUGUCACAGUAUCUUGCCGAUCUCGAAGAGAAAUAUGGGCUUGUCUUGUACAUCGCGGAUACCAAUGUCAACUCUCCCUGGACGCAGACCUGUAUUGCGCAGGCAGAUUCGAUUUUGUUGGUCGGACUCGCCGAAUCGUCGCCUCGAAUUGGCGAGUAUGAGCGUUUCCUUCUGGGCAUGAAGACGACCGCUCGGAAAGAGCUUGUGCUUUUGCAUGCCGAGCGAUACUGCUCGCCUGGACUGACUCGCGGCUGGCUCAAGAACCGAGUGUGGAUCAAUGGAGGCCACCACCAUAUCCAGAUGGCGUUCCGCCUCACAACAGAACCCUCGCAUCCACAGACUAAGAAGUUUGGCACUGUCCUCAAGCAACGCGUGCAAAUUCUGCAGGCUGAAAUCCAAAAGUACACUUCUCGACGAAUCCAGCAAACCCCGCUCUAUUCGUCGCAGACCCCUUUCAAGGGGGAUUUCCAUCGUCUAGCCCGGCGACUAUGCGGCAAGUCUGUUGGCCUUGUCCUAGGUGGUGGCGGUGCGCGGGGAAUUUCUCAGGUCGGUGUGAUCAAAGCACUUGAAGAGGCUGGCAUUCCGAUCGACAUCAUCGGCGGCACUUCCAUCGGCUCCUUCAUUGGCGCUCUGUAUGCACGGGACGCAGAUGUAGUCCCAAUGUAUGGUCGCGCUAAGAAGUUCUCCGGUCGCAUGGGGAGUAUGUGGCGGUUCGCACUUGAUUUGACCUACCCAACUGUCUCAUACACCACCGGUCACGAAUUCAACCGCGGUAUCUUCAAGACCUUUGGUGACAGCCAGAUUGAAGAUUUCUGGCUCGAGUUCUACUGCAAUACAACGAACAUCAGCCGCUCCCGCGCCGAGUACCACUCUUCCGGAUACGUGUGGCGUUAUGUUCGUGCCUCGAUGUCUCUCGCCGGCCUGAUUCCCCCCAUCUGCGACGAAGGCAGCAUGCUUCUCGACGGCGGAUACAUCGACAAUCUAACAGUAGCACACAUGAAAUCCCUCGGCGCAGACGUCAUCUUCGCCGUAGACGUCGGCUCCCUGGACGACAACACCCCCAAGGCUACGGCGACUCCCUAUCCGGUUUCUGCCCGCCUCGCCUACGUCUCUUCAAUCGAUAACCUCGAGCGGGCGAAGAGCACAGCGGGUUGUCUGUACAUGCGUCCGCCCAUCGAUCCCUAUGGGACACUGGACUUUGGCAAAUUCGACGAAAUUUAUCAGGUCGGGUAUACUUAUGGCAAGGCCUUCCUCGACCGCCUCAAGAAUGAGGGUUCACUUCCGAUUCCUGAGGAGACGGAGGAGAAGAGGAAGUUGCGGCGUACGAUGGCUCCCCGUCGUGCUAGUAUUUAG